CUCAAACAGAAACUGGAGUAUGAAUCGAAUCAUUGUGCUGAAACGCAUAAACCAUAUGUCGCCGAUUCAGGUUUUCCUUUAAGCUGCCAUGUAAAAUUCAGUUCAAUCGAUCCGUGAUACUCCACGCGUCCUAAACGUGAGGCUCACCCUGUCACGUGACUGUGUUUCAGCCAAUCACAUGGGCCGCUGCCCUCACAGGGAACUCAACACAGAGAGAAUCUGAGCACACGACGCAGCAAAACACACUGUGGAACCAGGUAGUGCGCAGCUCCAAGGGCACGAGCAGCGAAUACCGUGGGGAGAGAUGCUCUUUUCUUCAGGACUGACAUAACAUUUAAAGCCGACAUACCAGAUAUGGCCCCAAAUUCCAUCCACUGGUUUCGGAAGGGUCUGCGUCUGCAUGACAACCCUGCACUUCAGGAGGCAGUGCGGGGUGCAGGCACCAUCCGCUGUGUUUACUUCCUGGACCCCUGGUUUGCUGGGUCCUCCAACCUUGGGGUCAACAGGUGGAGAUUUCUCCUUCAGUGCCUAGAUGAUCUUGACUCCAGUCUCCGGAAGCUCAAUUCACGCCUUUUUGUUAUCCGCGGUCAACCAGCCAACGUUUUCCCACGAUUAUUUAAGGAGUGGGAAAUAUCCAGGUUGACCUUUGAGUAUGACUCAGAACCUUUUGGGAAGGAGCGAGAUGCUGCCAUUAAGAAGCUUGCAAUGGAGGCUGGGGUGGAAGUCAUUGUCAAGAUCUCACAUACGCUUUACAAUCUGGACAAAAUCAUUGAGUUGAAUGGCGGUCAGCCACCCCUCACCUACAAGCGUUUCCAGACUCUGAUCAGCCGUAUGGACCCACCAGAGAUGCCAGUGGAGACCCUGUCUAGCUCCCUUAUGGGCUGCUGUGUCACGCCUGUAUCUGAAGACCAUGGGGACAAAUAUGGCGUGCCUUCUCUUGAAGAGCUGGGGUUUGACACAGAAGGACUACCCUCUGCUGUGUGGCCAGGCGGGGAGACAGAAGCACUAACAAGGAUUGAGAGACAUCUAGAGAGAAAGGCUUGGGUGGCCAACUUUGAGAGGCCAAGAAUGAAUGCCAACUCCCUGCUGGCCAGCCCUACAGGCCUGAGCCCUUACCUUCGCUUUGGCUGCCUCUCCUGUCGCCUCUUCUAUUUCAAACUUACAGACCUCUACAGAAAGGUAAAGAAGACCAGCACCCCUCCCCUCUCCCUCUAUGGCCAGUUGCUGUGGCGAGAAUUUUUUUACACCGCUGCUACCACCAACCCACGAUUUGACAAGAUGGAGGGCAACCCCAUCUGUGUGCGCAUUCCCUGGGAUAAGAACCCAGAGGCACUGGCCAAAUGGGCUGAGGCUAAGACUGGUUUCCCAUGGAUUGAUGCCAUCAUGACCCAGCUGAGGCAGGAGGGCUGGAUCCAUCACCUUGCUCGUCAUGCUGUGGCUUGCUUCCUCACCCGAGGAGACCUGUGGAUCAGUUGGGAGGAGGGCAUGAAGGUUUUUGAGGAGCUCCUAUUGGAUGCUGACUGGAGUGUGAAUGCAGGCAGCUGGAUGUGGCUCUCCUGCAGCUCAUUCUUUCAGCAGUUCUUCCACUGCUACUGUCCAGUAGGGUUUGGUCGGCGCACUGACCCUAAUGGGGACUUCAUUAGACGCUAUUUACCUAUUCUUCGAGGUUUUCCGGCCAAGUAUAUCUACGAUCCAUGGAAUGCCCCAGAUUCAGUUCAGGCUGCAGCAAAGUGCAUAAUUGGAGUCCAUUACCCAAAGCCCAUGGUAAACCAUGCAGAGGCCAGUCGCCUUAACAUUGAGAGGAUGAAGCAGAUAUACCAGCAACUCUCCCGCUAUAGAGGACUAGGACUUCUGGCCUCAGUGCCAUCUACGCACAAUGGGAAUGGGAAUGGGAUGGCCUACUCUCCAGGAGAACAGCAGUCUGGGACCAACACACCAGCACCAGCCAUAUCAGGCAGCUCGGUUGCCAAUGGUAACCGGAGUGGAAGUAUUCUGCUGAACUUUGACAGUGAGGAGCACCAGGGACCAAGCAGAAUGCAGCAGCAACAAAAGUUAGGACGUGUUCUUCACACAGCAGGACGUGUCACGUGUAAGAGGGAACGAGAAUCGGAACGAGACACCGAAGGAGACGACACGCUCUCCACCUCUCACAAGCUACAGCGACAAAUAGCAGAGAUCACUACUGUGUAUGGCACCAAUGGCAACCAACCUGGUAUGAAGAGCUAGAUGGACAUAUCAAACUGAAGUGAACAUAGAGCAACCACUGGUUUUAAUAUGAAGACUUUUUUUUCUUUGUUUUUGAAGGAAUAUGGAAUUGGAUAGCUGAUCCAUGCAGGUUAGACUUAAUAGCCUGAAUGGUCAGUUAUAAAGAAGGUGAAUGGAGAUGGUCCUUUUUCUUUCAAAACAAUUUCAUAUUUAUUUUUUUGUUGGCGACAUUUUUGCAGGUAAACAUUUAAUGCAGGUAAAUUCUUUUUUUUUUUUUUUUUUUUCCCAGGAAAAAACCCUGCUACUGGCACUAUAGUAUUUUGUAAAUUUGGAAACCUUUUAUAUCAAGAAGAAUAUAAAAGUCAUCAGAUCUUUGCAGCAGCCAGUGUAUCUGAGUAUUUAUAUGCAUUAAUAAGAGUCUUACUAACACAUAUGCUAACUACAAUUGAUUGCAAAAGUUUGCAUACCCUUAUUUCGAAAUCAUAAAACCAACAAUGCAACAUUAAUUGUAUUGCUAUUAAUUGUGAAGAAUUUCAAAAUGAUAUUUCAGACUAUGAUGUAAUCGUGUUAUUUUUAUUUUUGUUAUUGUUAUUUCUGUUAUUCCCCUCACCUCUAAGGACUUUUUCAGGAUUUUUGUGAUUCGCUCACAAACAGUAUGUUUUAAAGAAUAUUUUUCCACUCUUUGGUCAUGUUUUUGUGUCUCUUUUUUCCAUUUCUAAAUUUUACUACUGGUAAUGGUGCCACUAAACACUGACUUUUUUACACUGUUCACCAGCUCUGUCACCAGGUAUUUUUCGAAUUCUCUUAACUGCGCACAACUGUAGAGCCUGUUUGAACUUUUCAUGGUGUAAAUAAGACUGAACAAAGUAAAUGUGUUGACUGCUUCUUGAGGCUCAUUAAAAUCGAUCAGAGCAUGUCACUGGGAGUGCGAACUUUUGCACUUGCUAAUAAAGAUAACAGCAACUAAAUUGCUAUAAUGCCAUGUUAUAAAAGGCAUUCAGUUGGAUAGCAUGAAGACGUCAUGUUCAGUAAACAGAGGUAGAUUUUUUUCACCCAUAAAACAAGGAUGCAAACUUUUGCACUCAAAUGUAUAUUGAACAAUAUCUGUUUCUCAUUUGUAAAGCCACGUUAUGCCGUAUUUCAUACUUGUAAGAGAGUCAGUACUUUUGUUUUUUUAUUAAUUAUGUUAAUAAUUUUGUUAAUUAAUGUCAGGUCCUUUCGAAGGCAGUGUUUAAAACAAACAAAAAAAAAGUUGCAAACACUAGUAAGGUAAAUAAUGUAAAUUUAUUAUUAGAUUCUCAUGGUGAUAUUGUUUAAAUUAGAAAAGCAAUAUGUUAGGAAUGGUUUAGGUUUUUUUGAAGUGCCCGUUUCUUUUUAUUUAGGAUUAAACAAACAUCAAAACAUUUUAGAGUGCUUCAUUGUACAGUGGUCUGUAGAGAAACAAACCUUGUAAAUCAGAUUUCAUUCAGAAUUAUUUUAAAAAAUUUCUGGGUUUUAUUUUUUGUUUUUAAUUUUUUUUUAUGAUUAGACCUGGUCCAACCUCACAGCCAGCAAAUGCCUAAAGCACAACAAAAUACUGUUAAAGAAUGGGAGUAACAGGAGAAGAUGUUCAUACCAGCUAUUCAUCAUAAUACAGAUGCAUAAAACAUGUGAUUUUAAUGCCAUACGUACAUCUAGUUUUAUAGUUGUGCAUGAACACCCUUUUUCCUUUUUUUUCUUCUUUUUUUUGCAUUAAGAAAAUUCAUUACUGUAAAUCAGCUCUACUUGAACAUGUUUUUUUUUUUUGUUUUACACUGUAAGCUGUGAUCCAUCCAAUCACAAAUGUGAAGCAUCAAAUUCAGCAGCAGUAUUUCUGUAAGGGAGGUGAUGAGAUUUUUUUUAAUGUUUUAAUAUAACAAAAGAUGUAAAACCCAACAUUAUAUAUUACAGCUAUUUCCAAAGGGUUUUUUGCUGCAGAUACCAAAAUAACUAAGAGUAGAAAUCACAAAAAUGUCUUUGUACAAAAACACAGAACAAAACUUUUAGCGAGAACAAAUGAUGUAUAUCACUAAAGCAUAAUUUUUGAAAGCACUCAAGGUGCACUAUUGGGCAUUGUGCUUCACUUAACUGAUCUAUGUAUCUAAUUACUACAGAUUUUUUUGCUGGUCAGAUGACCAACAUCAGUCUUAAAGCUGUUACAUCUGCACAAACGUUUACAGUGUCACCUGUCCAGGUGCCCAGUAAGAGUUCUUUCUCUAAAACAUGUAAAUAUAGGCCAUAGACCUUAUUCCUAUGUGUGCAGUGAUUAAUCAAUGGUAAUUGAUGCAUAAAUUGCUGAAUUUGUGUUUGUGUUGUUCUGACUGCUGUUGGCAUAGUUGCAUCUGUACUGCGAUUGGUGUAGAAAAAGGACUGUUACUACCAGGUGUAAGGAUUGGCUGCACUUUUGAAUGUAGAGAGUGCUUUUUAACUCUGAUUCCUGUGUGCUGUUGUAGUUAUCCGUAUUUGUCUCUGCGAAAUAAGACAAGUCUUUGUUUUGUUCAUUUUAUUUCCUUUCUGUGAAAUGUAUUUGAUUUGACACUUUCUACUUAUCCUCCAGUCUUUAAAUGUCCUUGUGUAAAUUGAGGUUGAAGACAGAAGUAAAGUGUUGAACCAUUAA